UGUGUGAGUUAAGAAUUCCUGUGUUUGGUUUCACAGGUGGGGAGCACCAAACGGGAAAUGACCUUCACUUUUCAAUCAGAGGAUUUAAAACGUGACUCUAGUAAGAAACUAUCUCAUCAACACUUGUUCCCCUUGGCCAUGGAGGAAGAUGUGAAAGCCACAGACACCAAAAAAGCCAGCCGGGUCCCUGACCAUGAAAAAGAAAACACUCGCUCCAUCUGUCUCCUUGAGCAAAAACGAAAAGUGGUUUCUUCCAAUAUUGACGUUCCUCCAGCAAGGAAAUCUUCUGAGGAACUGGAUAUGGACAAGGUGACAGCAGCAAUGGUUCUAACCAGCUUGUCGACCAGCCCUUUGGUUCGAAGUCCCCCGGUGCGGCCAAAUGAGAGCCUCAGCGGAUCCUGGAAGGAGGGCGGCUGCGUGCCUUCAAGUACCAGCAGCAGCGGCUACUGGAGCUGGAGCGCCCCCAGCGACCAGUCCAACCCGUCCACGCCGUCGCCGCCGCUGUCGGCCGACAGCUUCAAACCCUUCCGCAGCCCCGCGCAGCCCGACGACGGCAUCGAUGAGGCCGAGGCCAGCAACCUGCUCUUUGACGAGCCCAUUCCCAGGAAGAGAAAGAACUCCAUGAAGGUGAUGUUCAAAUGCCUCUGGAAAAACUGUGGGAAAGUGCUGAGCACUGCAGCAGGGAUCCAGAAACACAUCCGGACCAUUCACCUGGGGCGUGUUGGAGACUCUGACUACAGUGACGGAGAAGAGGACUUUUACUACACGGAGAUAAAGCUCCACACAGACUCAGUGGCAGACGGACUGAGCAACCUGGCCCCGGUUUCGCCUUCCCAGUCCCUGGCCUCACCUCCGACGUUCCCGAUCCCAGAGUCAAGCCGAACAGAAACUCCUUGUGCCAAAACUGAGACAAAACUGAUGACGCCCUUGAGCCGCUCAGCUCCCACCACCCUCUACCUCGUGCACACUGACCACGCUUACCAGGCCACGCCCCCUGUGAGCAUUCCAGGAUCAGCCAGGUUCACCCCCAAUGGCAGCAGCUUCAGCAUUUCCUGGCAGUCUCCUCCAGUCACAUUCACGGGCAUUCCAGUGUCACCAACACAUCAGCAACCAGUGGGCCCAGGAGAGCAGAGACAACACGCUCACACAGUCCUGUCCUCCCCUCCAAGAGGGACGGUCAGCCUAAGGAAGCCCAGGGGAGAGGGCAAGAAGUGCCGGAAGGUGUACGGGAUGGAGAAUCGAGACAUGUGGUGCACCGCCUGCCGCUGGAAGAAGGCCUGCCAGAGGUUCAUCGACUGAUAGGCCCCCGCAGAGGGCUGGCGCUCCAGCCGCUCCUGCACUCACCUUCCGCUGCCAUUGUCGGAAAGAGCUUUUCCUUCUGAACAGAACAGGUUCAAAGCUCUGGAAAAGCACUUCUAGGAACCUUGGUGGAAUUACAGCAAAAAAAAAAAAAAAGUCACUCUCACUGCUUGUACUGAGAAUCCAGCCUAGAGCAGCGAUAACUAUUUUUCUUCCUUUGAAAGAAAGGUCAGCUUUUUUUUUUUUUGCUGUGUGUCUAGGUCUUAAAAUUGAGGACUUCUGUAGCAAUGAAACCAACAAAGCCCAUUUUACCUAGAAAGGCAUCUUUUGAUAAGCUUUCUGAAUUAUGCCAGUUCUGAGAUUUUUUUGACACUUACAAAAAUAAAAAAACAUAAGCUACAUGUUAUUGAGUAGCAUUUGUACAAAAAACAGUACCUAUUUUGAUUGUGAAUAGUCUUUUCCCUGUUUUCCAUUUGACGUCCUGGAGCAGUACACGUCAUGAUGUGUUGUAAGAAUAACAACACUCCAAGUAUCUUUUCUAUGUCUUUUUUGUUUGGUUGGUUUUGAAGUCUCCCCAAGCUGAACCAUGGUAGAGCUGUUAGCUUGGAGGGCCCCACAUGGCAUGAACUCGAAAAGCGAUCAGCAAUGGAAAUCACCAGCAGACUUCAGCCCCGAGCUCUGUUCAGGAAAUCCAGCUGUCACUAUUGGGAAAUAUCUGGGAGUCUUCCUGGGACCUAUAAGAAGCUCUUCCCCAAGAGGCAGCACAGCAAAUUCUCUACUGCCACAGCCGUCAAGAACUGGCACCUGUGGCCAUUGGGUAAGCCUCGAUGCUUCUUUCAGGGAUGUAAUACAAACCGCAGCUCGGAUAUGUGUGUCACUGCUUGUCUGUCAAGAUUGUAGCCAGGUUAAUGGGCCAUCAUGCCUUCCCUCAACACUCCACCACUGACUGGUUUCAGAAAAGGUAGAGAACUCCAAACUGUCCCACCAGGUUCUUUUGAGACAACAGAGCACAGAGACAUGUCCCCAUCUGUUCAGAGUCAUGUUAGGUCAACAAAGCAACUUCCUUUUUGAGUGCACUUUGAUAGGUUUUAUGCUUUAGCAUGUCUGGGGAAUGAAUUAAUAAACACUACAAAUGUUAUAUGGGUAAAUGGAGGGUUCGAACCUUUAUAUUUCAUAUAAAAAUAUUGGAGCUAUUUAUUAAGAAUUUGCUCAUAAGGGAACAUACAGAACACCAAAAGGCAAAUGCACAUUGGUAUAGGAAUGUCUCAGUUUGGCAGGGCCAGGGCUUACACCGUGUUCAAUUUAUUGGUUUUCUAAGCUGUUGUAUUUACUCAUUUGUUUGUUUUGGUGGCUGUGGUGUGGGGAGAAGGGAGUCGUUGUCAAGCCCUAUAAGUAAGCUGAUUCUCUGCCCUGUUCUCAAUCGCCCUGCAAAAGAGGCAUUUCUCCUAUACCUAUGCAAAUAAGGAAGAGCACCUUACAGGAGGCACUGUGUUGGGAUCAGCCAUAGGAAUGUUAAAUGAAAUUGCACAGAGGAGAGUUUAAUAUAUGCUUAGAGAUUGUACAUAUGCUUUUUUAAAAGAGUAGACAGAAGUCAUCUAGUAAUAACAGAUAUUCUUUUUUAUAUAUAAGCAAGAGAAAUAGAGGGAGGUUCUUGCAGUGUCACAUCUGCAAUCUGCACA